AUGAUUAAAAAUUAUAAAUUACUUUUAUUUACAACAUUCACUUUAUUUUUUAUUACAUUUGUAAGUGGUAGUAGUAUUUUAAAAGCAAACUUUUAUUAUAAAGUUGAUUGGGAAAAUGUUCAAUGUUUCGUUCCACCAUGUCCAAAAUACACAAUUCAAAAAUUAAAUACAAAUGAAAAAUCACAAAAAAUUUUAGAUUUCAUUUUCCCAAAUGGUUUAAAUAAAACAACACUUUUGGGUGAUGAAUCUAAAACUCUUAUAGUUUUAGGUACCACUCAACCAAGUUCAAAAUUCCCAAAUAAUGCAACUGAUUUCCUUGUUACCAGAGUAUAUAAAUCAUUACCAUUAGGUAAUAAACAAACUUCAACUGAUAAAUAUUAUAUGUUUGGUGAUAAUGGAACAAGAUGUAAGACAUCACCAUGUCCAAAUAUUGUUGCAGCUUUAUUAAAUGUACAUAGUCAGGAAAUAAUAAAUACAAUUAGUCAACCAUAUGAGAAAAAUGUAGGAUUUUUAGAUUCAGUUUGGUUAAGUUCAAAAAAUAUUAGAUCUGAUGAUUUUGGUUUAAUUGGACAAGGAACAAUUAAAAAUGGAGUUAUUUCAAUUUCAAAUUCAUUCAUUUAUUUACCAGAUCCACCAAUAAAAUGUCCAGAACUUCCAUUAUUGAAGUGUGUUGAAGGUAAUUCCAUGACCUAUUCUCGUGAUGAAAAUCGUUGUCUUGUCUCACCAAGAUGUACUAAAUUUGGUGUUUGCACUCUAAGUAUUCCACUUUGUAAUAAAGGUUAUCGUCUCGUUUCUUUCCCAUCAACUGAAUUAAAUGGUUGUCCAAAAUUCUUCUGUGAUCCAGAAUUUGUUAAUAAAACUCAUAAAUAA